AUGAAUAAGGAUGGAAUGAGAAAAGAGGAAGAGAAAGCAAAAUUGACCGAGUUUGAAGGAGAAAAUAGGAUGAAGGAGUCUGUUGUGAAAGAAAGUUUGACUGAGAAUGAGAGGAGAGGAUUGAAUGAAGAUUUAGGGAAGGAGUCAAGAAAAAUGAAUAAGGAUGGAAUGAGAAAAGAGGAAGAGAAAGCAAAAUUGACUGAGUUUGAAGGAGAAAAUAGGAUGAAGGAGUCUGUUGUGAAAGAAAGUUUGACUGAGAAUGAGAGGAGAGGAUUGAAUGAAGGUUUAGGGAAGAAGAUGAAAGAAAUGAAUGAGGAAGUAGUGAGAAAGAAGGAUGUGAAGGAGAGUUUGAUAAAGUCUGAAGGAGGAAAUGGGACGAUGAAGGAAAAGGAGAAAGAAAAUUUGAGUGAAAGAGAUAGGAAAAUGUUCGGAGAAGUUUCAGCAGAAGGAAAUAGAAGAAAGAGUGAAGAAGGAAUGAAGAAGGAGAGAUUGACAGAGCGUGUGAUGCAAAGCAGAGGGAAAGAGCAAGGAAAAGAAAAUUUGAAUGAAAAAGAUAGGAAAAUGGUGGGAGGUGAUUCAAGGAAGGAAACUCGAAGAACGAGUGAGGAAGGAAUGAGAAAUGAUGAAGGAAAAGGCAGGUUGAUUGAGAGUGAUAUAGCAAGUAGGGGAAACAAGCUUGUUGGGAAAGAAAAUUUGAAUGAAAAAGAUAGGAAAAUGGUGGGAGGUGAUUCGAGGAAGGAAACUAGAAGAACGAGUGAGGAAGGAACGAGAAAAGGGAAAGAGAAAUUGAUGGAAGAGGGGAAAAAUAUGGUGAAUACAAAAGUUGAAGGAGGAAAUGCGAGGACUGAAAGAAAUCAGAUGGAAAAUUCACCUGAAACUAUUAGGAAUGAGUUAAAGAAUGUGACGGGAAUGAAGACAAGAAGAACGAGUGCUGAUAGCAUUAGAAAUGAAGGUGAACGAAGGAGGUUGAAAGCAGAUGAUGAAGAAGUGAUAAAAAGGAAAGAAAAUGAAGGAAAAAGUGGGUUGAAAGAGAGUAACAGGGAAGGGAGUUUGAUUGGUGAAGAGACGAACGAGUCGAAAGAUGUUGGCAGAAAAACAAGGAGAACGAGCGGUGAAGGGGUCAGACUUGAGAAGAAACUUCCAGACAGGGAAGGAGACGAAAUGAAGGGUCCAACUUCUGGAGUUACAAUGGAUUGUGGGUAA